AUGCGGCUCCCGAGGUCAAGGCUCCAGGAGCCUCGGGAGGUUCUGCGUGAUCUUGACAAUGCGAAGGCUGAGGCGUCUCUUAAGGUUUCCCACGAGGCUUGCUCCCAAGCCUUGGAGGAGGCUCAUGAGGCCGACCGCCGUCACGAGGCCGCCGAGAAGCACGCAUGGGAGUUCCACGCCUGGAGCGCGUCCCUAGAGCAGCAGAUGGAGGCGCGCAGAGCCGCCCUUGCGUCGCUGAGGGGGGCGCCUGUCAAGGAGGAAGAGGUCCGGAAGCACGCGGAGGCGUUGGCGCUGGAGGCCGUGGAGCGCAGCCUCGAGCUUGAACAAUUGGAGACAAGGGAGUGCCAAGUCACCCAAGCAGAAGAUGUCGUCGGGGUUCGCGAGCCCAGGGUCCAGGAGGAGGUGGACCGCCGGGUGGCCGAGGUUCGCGCAGAACUGGAGGGAAGGUAUGACUUGAAGCUGAAGCUUGCAGACGAAGGCGACGUGGUUGAUGACGGCGACGGAGGUGUCUCCGAAGGCGGCGAUGGUGCCGAGAAGACGACGACGACGCGAGUGACGCGUCCGAGGGCGAUGUAG